AAAAAAAAGAAGUAAAGUGAUUUGCAGGUGCUUGCAGUGACGUUGAAAGGAGAAGAACGAACGCUAACCACAAGGCAUAAGCUGUGCAGGAGUCUUGACUCUUCUUCUCCACUUUUCUUAGGAAAAUAAAAAAUCUACAGUUUGGUUUUUUGUUCAUCUUCAAAAAAUAGGCAGUUGAGAAACGGGGACUAGAAAUCAACAAUGCUGAGAUCAAUUCUCAGAAGCUCCACUUCAAAUGCUUCUCGCCGAGGGUUCGCAUCCGGAACCUCUCCGGAGAGGAAAGUUGCAAUCUUGGGGGCUGCCGGCGGGAUCGGUCAGCCACUUUCGCUGCUCAUGAAGCUUAAUCCUCUAGUUACUCGCCUUGAGCUCUAUGAUAUUGCGGGUACUCCUGGCGUCGCCGCCGAUGUCAGCCAUAUCAACACCGGAUCUGAGGUUGUUGGGUAUAUGGGAGAUGAAAAUCUUGGGAAGGCUUUGGAGGGUUCUGAUGUUGUCAUUAUUCCAGCUGGUGUGCCACGAAAGCCAGGCAUGACCCGUGAUGAUCUCUUCAACAUCAAUGCUGGCAUUGUUAAAUCUCUCUGCACUGCCAUUGCCAAGUAUUGCCCUAAUGCACUUGUCAAUAUGAUUAGCAACCCUGUGAACUCCACUGUCCCAAUUGCUGCUGAGGUCUUCAAAAAGGCUGGAACUUAUGAUGAAAAGAGACUCUUUGGUGUUACCACCCUUGAUGUAGUCAGGGCCAAGACUUUCUAUGCUGGAAAAGCUAAAGUUAAUGUUGCUGAGGUCAAUGUACCUGUAGUCGGUGGUCAUGCAGGCAUAACAAUUCUCCCACUGUUUUCCCAAGCUACUCCAAAAGCCAACUUGUCAGAUGAUGAGAUUGUAGCGCUCACCAAACGAACCCAAGAUGGUGGAACAGAGGUUGUAGAAGCCAAAGCAGGGAAAGGUUCAGCCACCCUCUCUAUGGCCUACGCUGGGGCCGUAUUUGCGGAUGCUUGCUUGAAAGGACUCAAUGGAGCUCCAGAUGUUGUGGAGUGUUCUUUUGUGCAGUCUACUGUCACUGAACUUCCUUUCUUUGCAUCUAAGGUGAGAGUAGGGAAAAAUGGUGUUGACGAAGUCCUAGGGUUGGGCACACUUUCGGACUUUGAGAAGGAAGGACUUGAAAAGCUUAAACCUGAGCUGAAAGCAUCCAUUGAAAAGGGAAUCAAGUUUGCCCACCAAAAUUAGUCAUAUCCUUUUGCUUUGAUUGAGAUGCAAGUUUAAUUAUUUUGAUUCCUCUUAGGGGCUUUAGGCACCUGAGAUUUUGCUCUUUCAAAUAGCACUCAAUUUACUUCUAAGAGCUUGGGAUGAUAUUACAACCGCCAUCACUUUCAACUUUGUAUUCCAAAGAUUAUUACUACAAAAACCCUCUAGUAGAAGAAAUCAUAAAACACCCUUUCCUUCUCUGUU